GGCCUCCGCCCCGCCGCGCCGCGCCGCGCCGGGGGGGCUGCGCCGCUGGCACCAGCGGGAGGCGGCUGGCGGCAAAUGGUGGGGCCGGACGAUGGCGGGGCUCCGGGCGUGCUCCCCGCGGGCCGGCGGGAGGCGGUGGCGGCAGAGGAGGAGGAGGAAGAAGAGGAGGAAGAGGAGGAGGACGGGGAGCGGGAUGGGAGCCGGGGCUUGAGGCCGGGGAGCGGCGGGCCCGGCCGGCGGCUGCUGCAGCGGUACCUGGCGGCGCUCGGCCCGGCGGCGGGCGGGAGGCGCUGCCCGGAGAAGCCGGCCAACGGCGCCGCCCCGCACGCCGCGGGGGCGAUGACCAACGGGGACGUCGGCUUCCUGCGGGCCGAGCCGCCGCCGGUCCCCCGGGCGGGACGGGCCGCGCCGGGCCACCAUGAGGAGGAGGAGGAGGAAGCGAAAGUGCAGAACGGGGGCUUCCUCCUCUGCCCGCACGGCCCCGGCGGCGACCCCGCGGGGACGGCCCUGGAGGAGCCGCUGCGGAGCUGCUGCCUGCGGGGCGAGGCGGGGCCGGGCGGCGGCGGCAGCCCCCCGCCGGUAGCCCCGGGGCCGCCGCCGGGCUUCACGGACGUCAGCCUGGGCUCCCGCAACACGUACGAGGUGAGCCGCCGCCGCAGCGCCCCGGAGCACCUGCCCCGCGAAGGGACGGCGCCGCCGGGACCGCCGCACACAGCGGCCGAGCGGGCCCGGCGGGCAGCGGGCGGCAGCGGCUUGGCCGAGUUCUUCAGCAGAAACUUUUUCACUAAAAGGACAAAGGAACUCAAACCUGCUGUCCAAAGUGCUCCUGGCUGGAAGUUGUUUGGAAAAGUCCCUCCCAGAGAAAACCUUCCGAAAGAUUCCAAAAUAAUUCAGCAGGAUGACAGUUCUGGCAGUCUUGCGUCAAUAUCUGCUCUCAGUCUAUUAAACACAGGGGAAUAUGAAGCACGGACAGGAAGAAUGUGUAAGCCUCCACCUCCAUCAGCAAGACGUAAAAACAUUGAAUUUGAACCACUUUCAACUACUGCGUUGAUUCUGGAGGAUCGACCAGCAAAUCUUCCUGCCAAAUCAGUGGAGGAGGCUUUACGUCACCGACAAGAAUAUGAUGAAAUGGUGGCAGAGGCAAAGAAACGAGAAAUUAAAGAGGCACAUAAAAGGAAAAAAAUAAUGAGAGAGCGUUUUAAGCAAGAAGAAAACAUUGCUAGUGCUAUGGUGAUUUGGGUCAAUGAAAUACUACCUAACUGGGAAGGCAUGCGUGCAACCCGACGAGUUCGAGAGCUGUGGUGGCAGGGAUUACCACCAAGUGUACGUGGGAAGGUUUGGAGUCUAGCUGUGGGAAACGAGUUAAAUAUCACUCCUGAACUCUAUGAAAUUUUCUUAUCUAGAGCUAAGGAACGGUGGAAAAGCUUCAGUGAGACAAGUUCUGAGAAUGACAUAGAAGAUGCAGGUGCAUCUGUUGCUGAUCGUGAGGCUAGCCUGGAGCUAAUUAAGUUGGAUAUAUCACGCACAUUUCCAUCCCUGUAUAUUUUCCAGAAGGGUGGUCCCUAUCAUGAUCUCCUGCAUAGUGUUCUAGGAGCAUAUACAUGUUACAGACCGGAUGUGGGAUAUGUACAAGGGAUGUCCUUCAUUGCUGCUGUGCUCAUUCUCAAUCUGGAAGAGGCAGAUGCUUUCAUUGCCUUUGCUAACCUUCUAAACAAGCCAUGCCAGCUGGCCUUUUUCCGUGUGGACCACAGCAUGAUGUUGAAAUACUUUGCAGCCUUUGAAGUAUUCUUUGAAGAAAAUCUUCCCAAAUUGUUUCUUCAUUUCAAAUCAUACAGUCUUACUCCAGACAUAUAUUUGAUAGACUGGAUUUUUACACUCUACAGCAAGUCAUUACCACUUGAUCUGGCCUGUCGUGUCUGGGAUGUUUUCUGUAGAGAUGGGGAAGAAUUUUUGUUUAGGACAGGGUUAGGAAUCCUUCGAUUAUAUGAAGAUAUUCUCCUACAGAUGGACUUUAUUCAUAUAGCGCAGUUUCUAACGAAACUUCCAGAAGAUAUUACAUCAGAAAAGCUUUUUAGCUGUAUUGCAGCUAUUCAGAUGCAGAAUAGUAACAAAAAAUGGGCACAGGUGUUUGCCUCACUGAUGAAGGACAACAAAGAAGGGGACAAGAACCAUAGCCCAGCACUGAAAAGCUAAUCAUUGUAAUGUUGAGGUCAACCGAAAAUGUGGAAAACCACUUGAUGACAGAGGAGUUUUCACAUCAUUUCUGUGUGGAAAACCACUGUAGAAAAGAGUGUGAAAAGCGAGAGGAAAAAUGAUACAGCUCUCAGUGGAGUAAUGAACUGAUGAAAUCUUCACCCUUUUGCCAGUAUUAGCUUAUUUCAUGGGAAGAUUUGUUUUCAUGCAGAAUACUAAAACAUGAAACUGAGAAGUGGGGGAGUUCAUAUUUAAUACUUUAAAAGAAUCAGCUCAAUGCAAUAAACAUUUGUAAUAACUUCUGUUGGUACUUAAAACAAAAAAUUUUGAGGCAUAACUUUUUUUACAAAUACCACAAAGGCACUUUGGUCAGGGGGGAAGUGAGGGAAAUGCUAAAUCUUAAAGCCCCAAAACUGCUAUCCAAACCAAAUGCUUUGGCACAAAUACCUCCAAAAUUAACUACUUAAAAGUACUGAGGACCAAAUAAGGUGGUUUGGUAUAUUUAUGUGCAAGAUGGUUAAAACUUGGGAAGGGGUAUUGUCUUAUUUGUUGCUUUUUUUUUUUUUUAAGUUGCGGCUUCAUUCUUCAGUCUGGGCAAAUGUAAUUAACUCAGGAACUGUGGAAGUAUUGUGCCCAAACCUGUUAGAGCAAAAAUUGUGCAUUUUAAACAGCGGUAAGAUCAGGGCUACUAUUUUCAGAGUGUAUAGCUUUCAAAAUGAGUGGUGUUAAGCAUUUGUUUUGGUGUAUUGGUUGUGCAGCUUCUUAAAAACGGAGUGGGUAUUCUGUGAAAGGGUUUUGCCACCAGAAGUUUUAUUUUGUUGAGCCAUUUCCAACUAUGAUAUAUGUAAUGGUAAACACUAGAAACUGACAAAGCUAUUUGCAGACUUUGUAUUGUCAAAGGAGCAUCCACUUUUAACACUUCAGAAUAAUGCAGACAAUAGUUUUUGAAACUCUCUUGUUAGUGUGCAAUACUGAAAUCCCAAAAGCAUAUGGUUUAGUGAUACUUAGUUCUUUAACAUCUUUUUAGCUGUGAAAAAUGUCAUAUUGUACGUGUCACAGCGGCUGUUUGCAACACUUCCUUUUCUCAAAGAUACUGUACAACAACUUUUGAUUGUAGGGGUUGGAAACCUAAAAUGGAUAGCACUGCAGGUGAGGAGCACUUGCACUCUUUUGGUCCAUUUUUGCUAAUAUUUAAUGUAAAUAAAUUCCUUAUAUGUGGGUUUUGUAAUUGGUCCCUAUGUGGAAAUCAAGUUGAAAUUACCAUUAUUAUGUAUUUUUAAGAGCAGGAGGCUUUUGGUUGUCUGGUGUUCAGAAGCAGAGUCUACAUAAUUGGGGUAAAGAUUUAGUGUGGUGUAAUUUACAUUGCUAUCUGGUUUAAAACUACAUAUAUACUACUCAUAACAUUACACUUCGCAACUUAAAUGUCAGAUUUUUUCUUAACUUAUGUAUUCACUACUUUAAUUGGAUCCAAUUUGUCUUAUAUUUUUGUGUUAUCUUGUACAGUUUUCUUACUUUUCAAGUAUAAAUCUGUAUAUAACUGUAAAUAGAAGGAUCAAGCCUUCCUUUAAGACCACUAGUAACACUUCCUGUGUAAAUAAAACUUACACCAGACGUG